GUAGUAAAAGUAAGCAAACAAAGUGAGUAAAGUUUGACUCUUAGAAUAAUGUCGAUUACGGUGGACAGAGGGAGUAUACAAUUGAAAAGUUUUUUUCAAUACUCCCUCCGUCCAUUUUAAAUGUUUCUAGUUUGACACUUGACCUGGGCACACAUAGUAAUGAAUGGUAAAUUUACUUUCACUUUCCACUUAUACCCCUAAACAAUACCAAUCUCUCGUGUGGGCUCCAUCCUCCGUCGACUCCCCCCUUUUCUUCUCCGAUUCUCACUGCUAUCAAUCGUCGUCUACUCCGGCACCACCGCAGUCCGCAGAUGUUCUUGUUGGCAGAAGAAAGGCGCUGGCAGAGGAGAAGACCUGAGCUUUUGACGUUGGCAGAAGAGAGGCGCUGCUAGCAGAGAUGCAUUUGAUUAUGGAUUCGUUCAAAUCGAAAACGGGCAAUUGAAAAUUGAUUGCCAUCAAUUGCCAUUCCAGGGCUAGAUUUUUUUAAAUUAUCAUGGAUUAUACCCAUCCAUCGAGUAGAUGAUGACGGAGGAUGAGCAGAUCUGUAAAAUCAAAAAGGCUGGAUUAAAAGAUCUGAGCAUUUACCGUGCGAAAAUGAAGCAUAUAAUGACUAUAAGAAGAAAAUAUCCUUCUCCAUUUCAAUUCCCCAAUUCUUGUUCUAUCUCUUCUCCUCAUUUUCUUCUUUUUCUUCUUUCUUUCUUCUCCUCUCUGUGUUCCUCCGUCCAUCUCAUCCUCUCUGUGUUCCUCCGUCCAUCUCCUCCUCUCUUUUUUCUCCCAUUCAUCUUUAUUCUUCUUUAUCUACUCUAAUUUCUCUUCCAUUUUUCUUCUCGAUCUGAGCAUGGCGAUCUGCCUGCAUCACAGUGGCGGAGAUGGUGGGGCUUCGGACGAAGGUGGGGCUGGCCGGCGGUGGUGGGGUGACAGCGAUGGUGAGGGUGCGUUAAGAUUUGAUGGUGGGGCUGUGGCGGAUAUGGUGAAAGGAUGGUCGGAAAAAAGAGCCGUGAUGGGUCUAGAGACAAUGAUGGGGUUAGCGGCGACUCGGCGAGGAGAGGCUGCGGUGGUUCUUGGAGGUGUGUGACGAUGGCAGGGCUGGUAAAGG